CGUCUCCGACAUCACGCUCCUCUUUCUCGCUGCUCCCCAAAUUCCGAUCUAAUUUUCUCCUCGUUUCUCUACCACUUUUAACAGAGAAGAUAACAAUCCAUCAUGGAAGAUAAAUCCAUUGCAUUCGAAUCCGAGCCAAUUCACACCGAUAACAGUCACGGAUGGCAAAAGGUGACAUACGUGAAGAAACAGAAGAAAAGGCAGCAAAAAUCAUCGGAUUCAGGCAAGGUAAUCACCAAUGGAUCUGGCGCAGAUAGUGUGUUUAAGUCGCUUGAGAAGUAUUCCGAUGAACGCCGCAAGAAAAUUGCGUCUCAGACGGCUGCGAUGUAUUCCCUUGACGAUGCUCCUGUUAGAUCGGCGCUGAGACACCGAUCCGACGGUGAGGAUGAGGACAGCGAUGCUGAAGGUGCUGCUGCUAGAGGUGGUGUUGGUGCUAAGAAUGGGGAGAAGAAGAAGGAGAAGGUUAAAAAGCCCAAGAAGCCGAAAGUUACUGUGGUUGAAGCUGCUGUUAAGAUCGAUGCAGCUGAUCUAGCUGCCUUUCUCGCUGAUAUAACUGUAUCGUAUGAAUCUCAGCAAGAAAUACAAUUGAUGCGAUUUGCGGAUUACUUUGGACGAGCAUUUUCAGCAGUAGCUGCUUCUCAAUUUCCCUGGUUAAAAUUGUUUAGGGAGUCCCCCAUCAGUAAAAUUGCAGAUGUUCCUGUCUCCCAUCUUCCUGAACCAGUUUAUAAAACUUCAGUGGACUGGAUCAACCAAUGCUCUUUUGAGGCUCUUGGAUCAUUUGUGCUGUGGGGACUGGACUGUAUUCUUGCGGACUUAGCAGCCCAACUAGCAGGUUCUAAGGGCUCCAAGAAAAGUGGUCAACAAACAUCGUCAAAAUCUCAGGUUGCCAUGUUUUUGGUUUUGGCAAUGGUACUACGACGAAAGCCUGAUGUUUUAAUCAACAUACUCCCGACACUUCGGGAAAGCCCAAAGUAUCAAGGGCAAGACAAACUUACAGUUAUUGCAUGGAUGAUAGUCCAGGCCUGUCAGGGAGAUCUCUGCGUUGGAUUGUACUUGUGGGCACAUCAUACCUUGGCUUUAGUUGGUGGAAAAUCAGGAUCCAAUCCGCAGACUAGGGACUUGAUUUUGCAGGUGGUAGAAAGGAUUCUCUCUGCACCAAAAGCUCGUACCAUUCUAGUAAAUGAGGCUGUUAGGAAGGGAGAGCGUCUGAUGCCACCUUCAGCCCUUGACCUGCUUCUACGAGUGACUUUCCCUGCUCCUUCUGCGCGAGUCAAGGCAACUGAAAGGUUUGAGGCAGUAUAUCCCACUCUUAAGGAGGUUGCCCUUGCUGGUUCCCCAGGAAGCAAAGCAACGAAGCAAGUUUCACAACAGAUACUUCUACUAACUUUAAAAGCAGUUGCUGGAGGCAAUCCAGAACUAUCUCGAGAGGCAACUAACAUAUUCAACUGGUGUUUGACCCAGAGCACUGACUGUUAUAAGCAGUGGGACAAGAUUUACCUGGAUAACAUAGAAGCAAGUGUUGCAGUGUUGAGAAAGCUCACUGAGGAGUGGAAAGAGUUAUCGAGGAGACAGUCUUCUCUUGAGGCUUUGAAGGAGACUCUCAAGAGCUUCAGACAAAAGAAUGAGAAAUCAUUAACUGGUGGAGUGGAUGCUCACCAGUCAGACUUCAGAGAUGCAGACAAGUACUGUAAAAUGUUGUUAGCAAGGCUGUCUCGUGGACAUGGGUGUCUGAAAGGCAUUGGUGUUGUUCUUUUGACUGUGGCCGUGGGAGGUGCUAUUGUGUCACAGAACUUGGAGGACUGGGAUUGGAACGAGUUUUCAGUUUUGCUCAAUGCCCCACAGUCCUCCUAAGUAAUCUUCACCAAAUGAAUCGGACAUGGAGUGUUCUUUUUUAACAAUUCAUGGUCUCAGCAGCAAAUGAAAUUGGUUCGCUAAACUUUAAUAACUUUGGAGAAACAGGCAGCUACAUGAAACGCCAGUCUUGUUGGAUACUGAACCGGAACUUGGAGAAAUAGGGAUAUUUAUUUUCCAGAAAAGUAUGAGUCACGUUUAAUUUAUUGAGUCUUGUUUUGACCUGUGUAUUAGUUUAAGCAGUAGGCAUCUUAGAUGUUAUUCAGUUUUCAACAUCUUUCAGUUCAAGAAAAUUGAUUAUUACCAGAAUACAGAUGUAAUUUCUAGGGAUAUGAUAGAAUCCAAAAAGGAUUCAAUCCCUGCAAAAAUAUUUUUUAGGGGUCGUCGAGUAUUUGAACUUAUUUGAAUGUGAGUGAGCUUACAGUUUUAAUUUAUUUAUAUUGGCUUUGUCGAUAAA